AUGCAACAAUUAUGGUUGCUUAAGCUAGACUGGAAUGAAACACUACCUCCACUUGUUGCCGAACAGUGGGAAAACUUCAUUAAAACACUACCACAUUUGGAACACAUUCAUGUACCAAGAUGUUUUUUAAAAACCGAUACCAAUUUGGUAGUACUCCAAGGUUUCUCAGACGCAUCUUCAAAGGCUUACGGUGCAGUGAUAUACAUCCAAACUGUGUCCAGCACCGGUGAAGUAAACAGUACACUUCUCUGCAGCAAAUCACGUGUUGCUCCUACAAAAUGCAUUACAAUUCCACGUCUGGAGCUUUGUGCAUGCCUUCUUCUCGCAAAACUAACGGAAAAGGUCCUAACAGCUGUUAAACUUCAAAUAGACUCUGUGAAAUUGUACUCUGAUUCUACAAUAGCACUAGCAUGGAUCAAGACUCCUUCAAAUCUGCUUAAGACGUUUGUAGGCAACCGAGUAUCACAAAUCCAGCAGAUAUCUAAAGACUUCGAAUGGCAUCAUAUACCUUCAGAGUUCAACCCAGCAGACAUGAUCUCCAGAGGACUGGAAGUUAAAGCACUUGCCGCUUGUGAACUUUGGUGGAAAGGACCAGAUAUUUCAAAAUUAAAUUUACCUAUUCCUCAGACUUUGCAAACUCCCAUUAGUUCAACUGACAAACUUUAUAGAGAUGAACUCAAGACUGUUUCAAAAGUUACAUUAAGUUUAAAUAAUGACUCUUUUUUCGAUAACUUACUUAAUAUUAGUAACAACUUUCAUAAACUAAUUAGAAUUUUAGCCUUUAUUUUUAGAUUUUGCAGAAGGUGUAAAUCUCCAAAAACGCAUACAGGAGAGCUCACGUCCGAAGAAUAUGAAAGAGCAGAAAAUUAUUUGAUAAAACAGGUAAAGUAUUUUCCUGCGGAGAUAUCAGCUUUAGAAAGGGGAUCUUCAGUUCCACCUACAAGUAAGCUUAAAUUUUUUAAUCAUUUUUUAGCUCCAUCAAGCGGAUUAAUAAGAGUUGGUGGUAGACUUUCACAUUCAGAUUUAAAUUUCAAUCGUAAACAUCCGGUUAUUCUGCCAGCUGGAAAUAAAUUAGUAACUCUAAUAUUUCAAUACUAUCACAAACGAUAUUUUCACGUAGGCCCUCAAGCCCUACUAAAUACUGUUCGUUUUAAAUAUUGGCCACUUGGUGGCAGAAGUACAGCACGAAAAGUCGUCCAUGAGUGUUUAGAAUGCUUUAAGAAUAAACCAAUUGUUGCAAUCCGGAUUAAUAAGAGUUGGUGGUAG